AUGUCUUCUGCUCUGACCAGUGACAUUAAUGCAGAGACACCUGACUCAGCCCAAAAGAGCACCAGUAAAGUCUUCAGUACACCAGCAGCUGUCAGCCCUGAACAGAGUUCACCCACCAGUCUGACCGUCUCUGAUCCAGAGCAGUUGGGUCCAGACUUGAAUCAUCGCGCCUGCCCCUUGGAGAACUUUUAUGCAUGGGGAACGCGGAUGUCUGCUACUCUACAUAGAGGUUUUAGAAGGUCAGAAGGUUGUUCAUGGCUCACAACAGGUGUCACACCCCGGCCGUUUGGAGCCAAACCCUCCAAAGUGUCCUCACUGCCUAGAGUAUAUGGCAUUCCCUCCAUCAGUGCCACCUCUGGCUGGUCAUGGGAUCAUGAAGAGGAGAGGAGGCGGCAGGAGAAAUGGCAAAUGGAGCAAGAGCGCCUUCUGCAGGAGAAGUACCGUCAUGAUCAGGAGAAGUUGGAGGAGGAGUGGAGAAGAGCUCAGCAGGAGGUCUAUGGAGAGGAGCACAGGGUUCCUGAGGAGCAGAAAACCCCUGAUGUGCUGUCCAAUGGAAAUGCCACGCCUUAUAUUCCACCUCCCUUCAAACAAUCUACUGCUCCCACUUCAGUGGCACCCAAUCAGCAUAUAGAGAAGGACAAAGUCAAAGUCAACCUCACUCUUGAAGGCCUUCACAAACAAGAUGCAAAAGCCGCAGGGAGUGGUAAGAAGAAGGGGCGGCUGUCACAGGCAGAACAGGAACGCCUGCAGAUCUUGGAGGAAAUUAGGAAGAGGACGCAGCUCCUCACAGACAGCAGCUGGAUCCGCCAGCAUGAUAUGAAUCUCUGGACAACAUACACACAAGCAACUCUUGGUCCAGGCAGCCUUACAUUUCAAGUAUGGCAAGCAGACCUCACUCUGCUGUGGGCAGCACUGGCACAUACAAAAGUGGAUGCAGCAGCCUGGGCCCUGGCUCAGCCAUCUUCUCUACUGGUCUGAAACAGAGCUCCUUUUUUGCCUCCAACUCUCUAGCUCCACCAAUCACAGCUUCCACAGAGCCGUCAGUCCCAGAGUCAUGUUCCAACACUCAGAAGCGUGGCAGUGUGUCUGCUGCAGGACUGACCUUGGAAGAAGAGCGGAGUCCGGAGCUCAGGUCAGAGUCCAACACUGACAGCUCUUCUGUAACACCUGCUACAGUAGACUCAGAGAAUGCAUUGCUUCAAAUUGAAGAGGAGUGUACCACAGAAACGGCCACAGGAAUUGCAACUAUUGGCACAACCUAACCACCACAAACAGGCCUUAUCCACUGCUUCACUCUCAACCAGACUUUGACAAUCAGUAAAUUGAGACUCAUCUCAGACUAUGACUUCUCCAUAGUGAAAUGUUAGAACAUGUUAUUUUGGCCACCACAUCAUUGCUGCAACCCCUGAGGUUGUUUCUAUACUGGCUAACAUCCACAUUGAGGUGUAAUAUG